UGAAGAGAGCGCGCGUACACAUGGUUGUUCAUACUGGAGAGAAACCAUUCACUUGUGAUCAAUGUGGGAAGAGUUUCACACAAUCAGCACACCUUAAGAAACACAUGAACAUCCACGCUAGAGAGAAGCAGCACGCAUGUGAUCAGUGUGGUAAAAUAUUUUUAUGGGCUUCAGUUCUGAAGAAACACUUAAAAGUUCAUUCAAAGAAGAAGCCACAUUCAUGUAAUUUGUGUGGUAACAGUUUUUUGCGUCUACAAAAUUUGAAAGUAGGUCAGAAAAUACAUACUGCUGUGGGAGAGUACAUGUGCUUUGAGUGUGAAAAGACUUUUACUUCAGAGACCUGUACAAAAUUGCAUGAAAGCAACCACACUGGAGAAAAACCUUAUAAGUGUUCACACUGUGACAAGAGAUUCAGUCAGUCAGCACAUCUGAAAAGACACAAUGGGAUCCACACUGGAGAGAAACCUCAUAAGUGUUCACACUGUGACAAGAGAUACAGUCAGUCAACAUAUCUGAAAACACAUGAGAUGAUCCACACCGGAGAGAAACCUCAUAAGUGUUCACACUGUGACAAGAUAUUCAGUAGGUCAACAGACCUGAAAACACAUGAGAGGAUCCACACUGGAGUGAAACCUUAUAAGUGUUCACACUGUGAAAAGAGAUUCAGUCAGUCAUCACAUCUGAAAACACAUGAGAGGAUCCACACUGGAGAGAAACCUUAUAAGUGUUCACACUGUGACAAGAGAUUCAAUAAUACAUCAAAUCUGAAAACACAUGAGAGGAUCCACACUGGCGAGAAACCGUAUCACUGCACUGCAUGUGGGAAGCGUUUCAAUCGUUCAUGUACUCUACACAGGCAUACAAAAAACAAUCACAGUAAGGCCCUGUACACACAGAGACACAUUUAGCUGUAUACGUAAAUAUUUUGUAUCGUAUUUGAGUUUCGUCCAGACGACUCUGGCAUUUUGGGAGCCUGAAAACGCAAUUUUUUUAAAAACCGGGUCUCA